UUGUCCUGUGUAUACGCUCUUUUCUUUCCAUCGUCCCGGUGUGAUUUUACGUGUCCAUUCUCUUAAUUACGAGCAGGCCCUCGCCUUUUGAAGCAUUCUAUCGCCAGGUUCAUCACGGUCAUUCAGGAAUACCAAUACUCAAUCUAUAACGACCUCCCGUAAAAAAGGAACAUUAACGUUUAAUUCUCCAAACUUCAAAAGCCGUCAAUAUGAAGUACGCUACAGCUCUUUCGCUUGCCGUUGCGCCUCUGGCCAUCGCUAAAGCCGUUAACAACGUCUACCCCCAAAAGAGGACCAGCCACAGUGGGCAACUACAACAACUCCCUGGUCUUGAAAGCGUUGGCGAGACAAUCAACUUGGUACAGGGCGUUUCGUUAGGACAGACGACUCAGGUUAUCGUGAUCUGGGCGAACCCUGGAAACAACGCUCAGACGACGACGCUGCACGAACAAGUCACUGUAACUAAGACAGUCACUGAGACAGCGGCUGGAGCUAGUGCCACGGCUGUUGCUGGUGCGAUGGCAACCCACACAGUCCAAGUCGGUGGCUCUGCCGGCCUAGUCUUCGUUCCCGAUCAAGUACAGGCAAACGUUGGUGACAUGGUUAUCUUCGAGUUCAUGAGCAUGAACCACACCGCUACUCAGUCCACUUUCGCCGAGCCCUGCAAGGCCAUGGAGGGCGGUAUGGACUCUGGUUUCCAAGCCAACCCCAACAACACCGUCAGCCCCCCUCCCAAAGUUGCCAUGCAAGUCAUGACGACCGAACCUCUAUGGUUCUAUUGCAAGCAGAAGGGCCACUGUGGCAAGGGUAUGACUUUCUCGAUCAACCCUAGCGCUGAGAAGACCCAAGCUUUAUUCCAGGCUGCAGCUAUCCAGCAGAACGGUGCGGGGGCCGGCAGUGCCAUCACUGGAAACGCUACCGAGCCUGCCGUUGUCGCCCCCGCCGCCAGCUCUGCGGCGCCUGUUGCUGUCCCAUCGGAUGUCACCCAGGGCACCGGCACCAUCCAGAACGGUGCUUGCGUCUGCGCCGUCCAAUGCAGCACUGGCAGCUUCCCCGUGAACGCUGCCCAAGGCAUCGGUGCCUUUGGUGGUUUCGCAGGAGGUAUACCUUCCAGCAUGAUGGAGACUGUUUAAGCAGUGGUAAUAGCGUCUGGGGAUUAUGACUGAUGCCGCGGCUGUUGCUAACGCGGGUCAGAGAUGUUCUGUAUAUCUGGGGGUUUUGGCCUGAAUGACUAGACUUCUUUUUUUUAUUGCCUGGCAUAGGGAUUCUUUGUUUUAAACAUAUGACUGGAUCGUAUAUUAUAGGUGCACUUAAUAGGUCAUCAGAUCAAGUAAAAAUACCAAUACUUAAUCCAAUGCUAUGAUAUGACCGCCUAUUAAAUGUGGAAGACUACAUGGCCUUACACUUGAGCGAACCGAGUAUAUACAUAGCGGAUGUCCAGAAACAGUCACAUCUAGGGAACACUACGGAUUAAUAAUGAUCGCAUUCAUAAAGAAACGAAAUUGAUAAAGUCCAGACGCCUAGAACCCCGUCUGGUCGAAAAAUAUUCGGCCUAUUUAUAUGAUAUCGUGAAACAUGUCCCUCCUAUACCUAAGGUAUAUAUAGGUAAAUACGCCAUUCGCUAUGUUGGAAGUCCAUUUACUUUCCGCCAGCAGCGGCGGCUGCCCUCUUCGCGUCGGCUAAGAA